AUGAAAGAGGGUAUGCUAGACCCCGAGGAAACAGAGCCCAGCUCUUCGCUGACGAGGGACGAAUCCGACGACAAGCCCACGCAAGUUAUGCCGUUCGAAUCGGACGAGACGCAGCAAAAGCUAGCGCAUAUGGAUCUGCACGACCCCGAAUCCUUUCGAGAGGAAAUGGAGAGACUACAAGAAGAGAGAGAUGCCUUUGAAGAGCAGUACAAUACACUCCUUUCGAAGGUAUCGCAUAUGCGCACCACAUUAGGUGAGCGUCUCCAACAGGAUGCCGAAGAGUUGGACCGACGUGAACAACAGAUUGAAAGAUUAACGCUGCAAGUGGGAGAAUUGGAAGCACAGUCUGCUACCCUGCAAAGUGAGCUUGUAUUAGCGCAUGAAGAGUCCAAAAGUUUAACCAUGGACAUUGAGAAAUUGCGAUCAGCGCAAGCCAAUGCCAAAGAUGAGUCCUUGGAAAUCCAUCGUCUCGAGUCAAAAUGUAGAGAUCUUCAACAGACUCUGGAUACCCAACGUGUUGACAUCGAGCGUUGGGAAAAUGCUUGUAUGGAGGAGCGUUCGUUGAAAAAUGAACUCCAGCAACGCUUACAGCGUGCAGAAGAUACAUUGCAUGAUGCUGAGGAGCGCAAUGCAGAGCUAAACCGAAUUUUCAUGCAGGAGAAACAGGCUGCUCGGCAGAUGCAGCAGGCUCUAGAGGAACUGCAAGAGAGUCAGGAUCGUGACCUGCAGCGAUCUGUGGGUGACCUGCAGCACCAACUUGAUUCUGCCGAAUCUGAGUUGGAGAAGUAUAAAUUACAUGUUCAUGAUAUGGAUGCAAAGAUGGAAGAAGCUACUGAAGCGAAGGGGAAAUGUGAUAAGCUUGAGCAUGAAGUGAAGGAGAAGAACUUGCUGAUCGGAAAGCUGCGGCAUGAAGCUGUCAUCUUGAACGAGCACCUUACCAGCGCGUUGACAAGGCUCCGAAAAACAUCGUCGGAGGAUCAGGUGGAUCGUCGCCUAAUGACCAAUCUGAUGCUGCAAUUUUUGACGGCGCCUCGCGCGGAUACCAAACGGUUUGAGAUUCUGCGUCUUAUUGCCUCUGUUCUGCAGUGGGACGAUGCGGAGCGUGAAAAGGCCGGUCUGCAGCGUCAGAGUGAUCGGUCUCUAGGCUAUGGCUUUCUAGGUCUUGGUGGGCUUGUCUCAUCGCCCCGAAAAUCGAUGCAGGCUAGCACAUCGAAUGCGAAUGAUGAGUCUGUGUCAAAUUUGUUUGUCGAGUUUUUGCUAUCGGAAGUGGAGCGAGGCAAAGAAAAGCCAGGUGACGAAGCACGGAGUUCCUCUACGCCCGCUGCGGACGGGGGCAAGGCGUUUGACUUGCACAGUCUUGAGCAGCUGGACCGGGCGGAGCGUGACGCUCCUUCGGACCUUUCGUAG